AAUCAAAGAUGCCAUUAAAGGCAUGUAUAAAUGAAGAUAUUAGUGAUACAAAUUCAAUUGAUGAUGAAAUUAAUGACGAUGAAAGCGAGGACAAAUCACUUCUAGUCACACCUGAAUAUAAGAAUAUUUUCCAAAAUACAAAAGCAGAAGCAGAAACCCUGAAUUCACCAAUUCAAAAUACAGACCUUGUGACAAAAUCUGGUUCUCUGAAAAGGAAAAAGAAGAAUACUGAUGUUGAUUCAAAUGGAAAAUCUAUACCAAAGAUGAAAACUAAAGUUAAAGGUGCCAUGUGUGAAGAAUGUGGAUACUUAGCAAAAUGCAACUCUCUUCUUAAAAGACAUCAACGAAUACACAAGGGUGAAAAUCCUUAUAAAACAGGGAAAACCUACAAAUGUGAGCUUUGUGACUUUGUGGCAGAUCGUCCGGCAACUGUAAGACGUCAUUCCAGCACACAUACCAAUGAGCGUCCAUUUCAGUGCAUGACAUGUGGCUCCACCUUUAGGCUGUCCUAUCACCUUACACGUCAUGAACGUACACAUUUAGACCCGGAUGGAAAACUUGAAUGUAAAAUUUGCAACAAGAAGUUCACUAGAAAGGAGCAUUUGUUGCGUCAUGAGAGUGUGCAUUCUAAUGAGAGGCCAUUUGGAUGUACUGUCUGCACUAAAAGAUUCGCUCGCAGUGAUUACCUGAGGGAUCAUAUGAGGUACCAUACAGGCGACAGACCUCACCAAUGUAGCCAAUGUGGCAGGCGUUAUGUCACUAAAAAAGAAUAUAGGAAACACAUAGAAAGAUGUUGUCAAAACAGUGAUACAGUUCCUUAUGUAACUUGCAGGGAAUGUAAAAGAAGUUUUCGAUCUGCAUCUGCUUUACAGCGUCAUGAAGAAAAACACAAAGAAGAGCACAUCAAAGUGAUCUACAACAACACUCAAGGGGUCAUUAAUUUAAAGAAUUCAACAGUACAUAUAUGUGUGAUAUGUGACGAACAAUUUUCAGACGUGGAUCAAUUUAGACAACAUAUGAAUCUUCACGUAACUGGACCUAAUCAAGAAUCUUUGAAUAAACUGAUAACCACCAAAUGUACAUCUCCGCCUCUUAGAGUUGAGCCAUCACCAUUUUUGGACACAACAACACAGACUGCGACUGCGGAUAUACUUAAAUGUGGGAUAUGUGGGAGUAUAUUCACAGACAUUGAGUCACUAUCUAGUCAUGUGCAGUCUCAUGAUCUGUACGCAUCGCAUGCAAAGGAUAUGUAUACAGCACAUGUUAAGGAAGAUGCUAUAGCCUCCCAGGCUUUAUAUACUCUAUAUUGAAUUCUUAUUUCUGUAUUCAUGAGUGUAGCCAGGCAUUAGGCAGACGAGUCCAACGCCUCAUAAAAAUAUUCUUUAAUGAAAGGAAAAUUAUGUUAAUAAAAUUGAAUUGAAAUUGAAUACAGAGGUUUCCAGUAAUCUCCCCAGCAUUUAAGCAAGUUGGCGCAGCACCCACCUGAGAAAAUCCAGUUGCACACACUUGAAAAU